AUGAAAGUGCCCAGCAUUAUACACAUCCAGCUCGUUGCCUUUAGAAGGCUUCUAGUAGAAACCAAAGAGCAGUUUUGCUUUGCAGUUAAAAGCAUAUUCCAGAGAAUAUUUUGGUGGGUCAUGUCAUUAAGCUUAUUUUCAUGGAUCUAUAUAACCAUGCAAAAUCUCAUGAUAAAAGCGCUUAGUGUUGGACCAAUACCCGAACAUGUCUCCUUUAUAAUGGACGGUAACCGGAGAUAUGCCAAAUCACGAAGGCUACCUGUAAAAAAAGGACACGAGGCUGGUGGGUUGACACUACUAACGCUGUUGUACAUAUGCAAAAGAUUAGGCGUGAAAUGCGUUUCCGCCUAUGCAUUUUCUAUUGAAAACUUUAAUAGACCAAAAGAAGAAGUAGACACCUUAAUGAAUUUAUUCACAGUAAAGCUUGAUGAAUUUGCAAAGAGAGCCAAUGAUUAUAAGGAUCCUUUGUAUGGAUCCAAAAUAAGGAUAGUCGGCGAUCAAUCUCUACUUUCUCCUGAGAUGAGGGAAAGAAUUAGAAAAGUAGAAGAUAUCACAAAAGAUGGAGAUGAUUUUACCUUAUAUAUUUGUUUUCCAUACACUUCAAGAAAUGACAUGUUACAUACAAUUCGCGAAUCUGUUCAAGAAUCUUUGGAAAAUAAAUCACAGAGUAAGAUCAAUAUAAAAAAAUUCACCAAUAAAAUGUACAUGGAUUUUUAUUCCAAUAAAUGUGAACUAUUAAUCAGAACUAGUGGACAUAGAAGACUGUCAGACUACAUGCUAUGGCAAGUGCACGAAAAUGCUACCAUUGAAUUCAGUGAUACGUUGUGGCCAAAUUUUAGUUUCUUUGCCAUGUAUUCAAUGAUCCUCAAAUGGUCCUUCUUUUGCACCAUUCAAAAAUACAAUGAGAGGAAUCAUUCCUUGUUUGAGAAAGUAUAUGAAGGGGUGCCUUCUAUACUUAAAAGAAAGAAAACACCUAUGUCACUAUACCAAUUUCCAAACCCCCCUAUUUCAGUUUCGAUUACAGGUGAAGAAUGA